AUGAAUAAUACUACAAACGGAGAGUAAUAGUACUUUCGACGUUUCUCAGAAUCACGUGGCCGGGAACGAUUCUCCGGGAACGAUUCUGAGAUACCAUUACGCCAUGGAUUUGCAACCUGAUGAGUCGACCACCUUGAACAGCAUGGAGAAUGGAGAUCCAAAGGGUUCGAUGAUCAUGAACAAGGAGCUCAUCAUGAUCAGCAACGGGAGGUCAGCACAGAACGUUUCGUCCUCCAUUUUACGCAAGAAGUCGGAUCCGGCGCUUGUGUCGAAAAUUAGGUUCAAAAUGCUUAGACAGAUGUUGGCAAAUUUGCAAGAGGUGGUCCUCGGCACCAAGCUUGCGGUGCUCUUCCCUGCCAUUCCUCUGGCAGUCGUUGCAGAUUUCUAUAACUUUGGCCGACCUUGGAUAUUUGCUUUGAGCUUGCUUGGACUCGCCCCGCUUGCUGAACGUGUCAGCUUCCUCACUGAGCAAAUUGCAUACUUCACUGGUCCAACGGUUGGAGGGCUUCUGAAUGCAACAUGUGGGAAUGCAACAGAGCUAAUAAUUGCAUUAUUUGCACUUCACCAAAACAAAAUACAUGUUGUGAAGUGCUCCCUCUUGGGUUCCAUCCUUUCAAACCUUCUUCUUGUUCUUGGGACCUCUCUCCUCUGUGGAGGCUUGGCAAACAUUAGAAAGGAACAAAGAUAUGACACAAAACAGGCUGAUGUAAACUCUCUCCUUCUGUUGCUUGGAUUGCUGUGCCACCUGCUGCCAUUGAUGCUCAAAUAUGCCGCAGGGAUAGGAAAUUCCACAGCUCUCUAUACUCUUCAGCUGUCAAGAGCAAGCAGCAUUAUCAUGCUCAUAGCGUAUAUUACAUACAUCUUCUUCCAGUUAAAAACCCAUCGGGAAUUGUUUGAUUCACAAGAGGAGGCCGAGGAAGAUGAUGAAGAAGAAAAGGCAGUGAUAGGAUUUUGGAGUGCGUUUGCUUGGCUGGUUGGCAUGACAAUUAUCAUAGCUGUGCUAUCCGAGUAUGUUGUGGGAACCAUCGAGGCUGCAUCAGAUUCUUGGGGAAUCUCUGUUAGCUUCAUCAGCAUAAUUUUGCUACCAAUCGUUGGAAAUGCAGCAGAGCAUGCUGGAUCAAUCAUAUUUGCAUUCAAGAACAAGUUGGAUAUAUCUCUGGGUGUGGCUUUGGGGUCUGCAACUCAAAUUUCCAUGUUUGUGGUUCCUUUAAGCGUAAUUGUUGCUUGGAUAAUGGGUAUCCGCAUGGAUCUAGAUUUCAGUCUCCUUGAAACCGGCUGUCUUGCUUUCUCGAUAAUUGUCACAGCCUUCACUCUACAGGAUGGAACUUCACAUUACAUGAAAGGAGUAGUCCUUUUCCUAUGCUACCUUGUUAUUGGUGCUUGUUUUUUUGUUGAUAGCAUACCACUGAAUGAAACAACUGGUAACUUAGGAGUCAAAAAAUCCUCUGGAGCCUUGAUUACAUGACCUGACAAUUGUGUGGUUUGGGGUUAAUAUCCACCCCCCCCCCAAAAAAAAAAAAGGAUGGUUGCAAGCCGCUGCAUGGCUAUGAGUCUGUAAUUUCUUAAUUUAUUGAUCCAUUUUGGUGAA